AUGUCUGCACCAUCUAGAGGAGACUUUGAGGAAAAGGAAAAGGAAAAGGAUGUUAGAACAUCAAACAUCGUUGCCGCAAGAGCUGUUGCCGAUGCUAUUAGAACAUCCUUGGGUCCAAAGGGUAUGGAUAAGAUGAUCAGUUCACCAAAUGGAGAAGUUAUUAUUAGCAAUGAUGGUGCUACCAUCUUACAACACUUGGAAGUUAGACAUCCAGCUGCAAGAAUGUUGGCAGAAUUAGCAAAAGCACAAGAUAUUGAAGCUGGUGAUGGAACAACAUCGGUGGUAGUUAUUGCUGGAGCAUUGUUGGGAGCAGUUAGUACAUUGAUGUCCAAGGGUAUUCAUCCAUCGUUGAUUAGCGAGUCGUUUACAUUGGCAUUGAGCAAAUCAUUAGAGGUAUUGACCAACAUGGCAACACCAAUUAGUUUGACUGAUCGUUCGAGUUUGGUCAAGAGUGCCAUCACCUCGCUCAACUCCAAGGUUGUGUCACAAUACACCAACUUGGCUACAAUCUCUGUCGACGCUGUUUUGAACGUGUUAAAGGAUCCACUCACCGCCGACAAUGUCAAUCUCAAGGACAUCAAGAUCAUCAAGAAGCUCGGUGGCACCAUAGAUGAUACCGAACUUGUCAAGGGUCUCGUCUUUGACCAACAAUCGUCGCAUGCCGCCGGCGGCCCAACCCGUGUGAACAACGCCAAGAUUGGUUUGAUCCAAUUCUGUUUGUCUGCACCAAAGACCUACAUGGACAACAACAUUGUCGUCAGCGACUACACCAAGAUGGACAAGGUGCUCAAGGAAGAGCCAAAGAUGAUCUUGGAGAUGUGUCGUAAGAUCCAAAAGAGCGGAUGUAACGUAUUGCUCGUUCAAAAGUCGAUCCUCCGUGACGCACUCAACGAAUACUCGCUCCAUUACCUCGCCAAGCUCAAGAUCCUCGUCGUCAAGGAUGUCGAGCGUGAAGAUAUCGAGUUUAUCUGCAACACCAUUGGAUGUACUCCAGUUGCCAACAUUGACUCGUUCACUGCCGACAAGCUCGGUCGCGCUGACCUCGUCGAAGAGGUUGGUACCGCCGACGGCAAGGUCGUCAAGGUCACUGGCGUACCCAACCCAGGCAAGACCGUCACCAUCCUCGCCCGUGGCUCCAACAAGCUCGUACUCGACGAAGCCGAGCGUUCCAUCCACGACGCUCUCUGCGUCAUCCGUUCACUCGUCAAGAAGAAAUACUUGAUUGCCGGUGGCGGUGCCCCAGAGAUUGAGGUGUCGCAACAAGUCACAGAGUUCUCCAAGACACUCCCCGGUAUCAAGGGUUACUGUGUCCGUGCCUACGCCGAGGCCCUCGAGAUCAUCCCAUACACUUUGGCCGAGAAUGCCGGUCUCCACCCCAUUUCCAUCGUUACUGAGCUCCGUAACAAGCACGCCCAAGGUGAAAAGACCGCCGGUAUCAACGUCCGUAAGGGUGCCAUCACCAAUAUCAUUGACGAAAACGUCGUUCAACCCCUCCUUGUUUCAACUAGCGCUUUAACCCUUUCAACCGAAACUGUUGUCAUGUUACUUAAAAUUGAUGAUAUGGUAACUUCCAGAUAA